AUGACUUCCCCGACCGUUCCUCGCGUCCGUCGAACCGGGCAGAAUACGCAGUUCACCUACAAUCUGCCCCAAAGGGUGAGCGAUGUCCAGACGUAUCCCGUGCAAUCUCCGCAAGGAGCCACCAUCUUCGUAUACGGGCACGAAAAUGGUGUGACCAUCGUAUGGAGAGGCGGAAGGCGGUUCAAGCCGCAGCAGGAGAGGCACGGUCAAGACAAGCAUCAAAACGGCACAUCUGAGGAUGCCAUCAUGUUGAUCGACUCCGACGACGACGAACAAACACAAUCCAACGAGGCUUCAGCCGCUCAUCUUUUCCAGGACAAGCCUCAAUUCGAAGACGAGCAUGACGAGGGCCCGUAUCCCGAGAUUGUGCAAACGCUGGAUUUAACCCUCGGCACCGCGGUUCUGCAUGUGGCCGUCAUGCCGGUGACACCUUCUAUUCUACAAGACACCUCUUCUGCUGCCGCAUCGUUCUUGUCUGAGAGGAUGGUGCUUGCGGUCUCGUGUGUGACAAGUGACGUCUACAUGAUUACCGUCCCGUUGACCCCGCCGAGCCCCAAGAGCAAGGCGAGAGAAGAGCUUCGGUCGAGUCUGUUGGCUGGGCAGGCCGGGUCUGGAGCCUGGGGUGAAACACUUGUGCUGCUUGGUGGUCAAAGAAGGCGCAGCGACCGAUUGGCAAUCACUUUGGUUUCGCCCAAGUCGUCAGAGCCCAAGAGAAAGCUACCGAGGGCGGUGGUCGCGGCUUGCUCUCGUCAAGCGUCCGGUACGCUUAUGCUGUGGGAUGUUGCCCUGGAUCUCCAGCCUAAAACGGAUCGACCUAUUGAGCCCUUCCAAACCGAAUUCCUCCCCCACCCUCUGAACAGCAUCUCAUUCAACCCAAUCCAUACGACACAGCUGCUCGCCGUUUCACCACACCAUGCAGUAAGGAUAUACGACUAUGCCGUGUCCGCCCUUCCGCCUGAUUCAGAAGCCGCUGGCCCGUUCCCCACACAAGGCUCGUGGCUUCUAUCCCUGUACCAACCAUACGCUCGACCGACGGCGUCUAGGAAACCAGUGCUUGACGCUGCGUGGAUCUCGCAUGGGCGUGCCAUUUUUGCUCUCAUGGCAGACGGCAUGUGGGGAGUCUGGGACGUUGACAGAGUCAGUCCGUCGGCAUCCAGCAGUGCAGCGAUUGCCACCAAGUUGAAAUCGGGGGUCAAAGGCGCCGCGUUGACAAGUUUUUGCAUCUCGGGGUACGUCGAAGGCACCGGCUCCUUGAGAAGUGUGGCAGCACAACAACAAAAGGAGAACCACACUGGAGAGUUUGCGCCCAUGACCCCUCACACUCGACGCCAGGCUACAGCUUCGCUAGGCUGCGCAAACACCCUGGAAUGCCUGACUGCUGUUCAGGGUGGAUUGAGAGUCAUCACACUACCAGCCAGAGGAAAAGCACUGCAGGAUGAAAGUGUGGUGCUAUGGGUUGGGGGCCUGGAGCACGUGUGCGUCAUCCCUGCCAUGUCGAAAUUCUGGGAGUCACAGCUUCGCAGAGGAGCCGGCGGAGGUGUGAAUCUGUUUAGCGGAGCGCAGCCGACCAGGAUGAUCAAGCUUGCCGACCUCUCAACAGGCCUGUUGGGCGAGAGGUUAUGUGGUGUCGACCUCUUGCUGGCAACUGGAAACCCCGGCUCAGCUGGUGAAGAGCAUGGCGGGCUACCUGUCGAUGUAUUGGUUCAAGGGGAGUCCCGGCUGGUAAUUGUUCGGUAUGGUGAGGGUGAUUCUGGAAAGAAUGUGGGAAGCUUCAUGCCUGGGCGAACAAGACGAUUAUUCCCAAGAGGAGAGGGAUCAAGUGCCAUCGUUGUGCACGGCAAAUCUGACCGAGCCACGAGCCUAUCGUUCAACCUAAGCACCGCAAAGCCCGGCACGCUAAGACACAAAUCAUGCCACGACAGCCAAGAUGGCGCAGCCUCUGGCAGACAAGCCGAUUCUUCAGAUUCUCGACCCCGCGUAGGAUUCGAGUUUAUGGACACUAUGAACGCAGCCGCCGAUGUAAGCGCCGACUUGACCGCUCGAGAUGUGGAAGCUGAGAUGCUCGACAUUAUGGACAUUGAUAAAGCAUUGGAAAGCAUGGAGGAUAGCAGAGGAAGCGGCAGGAAAAAGGUAUACUUUGAACAAGAUUGA